GGCAUUCUAAUAGGGAACUCCAGCUCCGAGACAAGUUUGGCGACCCGUCCGUCCCACCUUCUCCUCCUCACCAAUCGCGCCGCCGCCUUCGCCCCCCUCCUCCCGACCCCCUCCCCGAUCUCGCCGCCGCCAUGGAGGACGACGACGAGUUCGGGGGCCUCUACACCGACAUCCUCGUCCACGCCCCGGCGCCGUCGAAUCCCCCGCCCGUCGCCCAAACCCUAGCCCCCACGCCCCCGCCGCCGUCUGCCCCAAACCCUAACCCUACGCCGGCCCCUGCGUCAACCACGGGCGGCACCGUGGGAGCGGACGAGGAGGAUGAGGAGGACGACGACUGGCUUAUGGGCGGGGGCGACCCCGUGGUUGGGGUCGACCCGACCGGGGACUGGGCCGACGAGGAGGACGGCGGCGGCCGCGCGGCACCUCCGAAGCGCGAGGCUGCUGCGAAACCGCCUCCCUCCGCGGAGGAGGCUGAUCCGCUCAUGGGGGGUGUAGCGGGUGACUCUGGGGCGGCUAUCCCGGGGCUCUCGUCGUCUGGGGCGGCUGGUACGGCGGCGGCGGGGAGCGAGGAGUGGGAUAGCGACAGCGAGGACGACAUCCAGAUCGUGCUCAACGAGACGGACGGGCACCGGCGGCUUGGGGAGGACGAGGGCGACGACGAGGACGGUGAAGACCUCGUUAUCGUGGCCGAUGGCCCCAUCCCUGGGAUGGAGGAGCAGGAUUGGGGGGAGGAUGCUGCAGCGGCAGGGCCGGAUGGGGAGCGGAAGGAGGGCGGUGAGCCUGGGAAGGCUGUGGCGCCCCCCAGUGGGAGGAUUGGGUACAGUGGCGGCGGCCAGGGGUUCCACCCACAGCACCAUUCCAUGUUCAAGUAUGUGCGUCCUGGUGCUACACCAGGGGCUCCAUUAGGUGGGGCUCCUAAUACUACUGGUCAGUUCCGCCCUCCUGGACCAUCAGGGCCUUUUCCUGGUCGAGGAAGAGGUGACUGGAGACCUGGUUCUGGUAGGGGCAUGAAUAAAGGUUUCCAUCCAGGCUAUGGGAUGCCUCCAUGGGGAGGUUCAGGUCGAGGUUUCGGUGGAGGACUAGAUUUCACACUUCCUCCGCACAAGACUAUAUUUGAUAUUGACGUUGAUACCACAUUCGAGGAGAAGCCAUGGAAACAUCCUGGUGCUGACAUUUCAGACUUCUUUAACUUUGGGCUUGAUGAUGAAAAGUGGAAAGACUACUGCAAGCAGCUGGAUCAACUACGAUUGGAGUCCACGAUGCAAUCUAGAAUACGCGUGUAUGAAAGUGGGCGAUCAGAACAGGAAUAUGAUCCAGAUCUGCCACCGGAGCUAGCUGCUGCUACUGGUCAUCAUGACAUUUCUGCUGAUAAUCGUAAUAAAACCGAGAAUGGGCACACAGACUUCAGUGCCCAAGGAAGAGCUCCUACAAGCCUGCGUCCGCCUGUGAUGACAGGGAGGCCCAUACAGGUUGAAACCGGCUUUGGAGAACGCCUUCCAUCUAUUGAUACACGCUUGCCUCGAAUGCGUGAAUCAGAUUCUGUUAUAGAGAUUGUGUGCCAGGGACAAUCAGAUGAUCCAAUUGAUGAGAGUGACCAAACUGAGAAGGAUUCUCAAGGAGGUUAUAAAAGGGCCCAUGGUACUGAGGGGGGAAGACCAUACACAUCUGAGAUGAAUAGUUCUCAUAGUUCUGCUUUGGGUAAGGAAGAACAUAAGAGUCGGUUGCCUGUUUCAUCUGAAGGCGAUAUGCUCGCUACAGAUGUCAAUGGACGCUCCUCUCCCAGCUACAACAGAACAAGGGGUUCGCCUCAUAGAGUAGGGUCAUCGAAAGGAAAUUCAUGGGGUUUAAGCUCUGCCCAAGAAAUUGAAACUUCCAACGAAGUGUUACCCCGCCAAACAACAUCAUCAAAGAGAAACCGUGAUUCUCAGGGAGAGAACAACCCUGAGGAGGGCUCAGAAUCUAAGGAUGGUCCUGAAGGGUCACCUACUGCUGCUGAUGAAGCGGCAGAUAAGCUGAGCACUGAGCAGUUUGAUGGUAAUGAUGGUAGUCUUGCGUUGGUUGAUAGUGCCGAAGUGGAUGGUGAUGAUGCUAUCUCAGAUCCUCACGGGGUUAGUGAAAUAACUGAUGGCGAUAACUUGGUUCAUUCUGAUAAAAAGCGGAAAUUAAUUUCUAGGGCUGAGCAGCCCACUGGACCCAAUAGCAAUGAACAGGAUGAAUUGAGGACACGGAAUAGUGAUAAUAGUAGAGGAAGGUCUGGUAGCAGCAAAGAUAAUCAAAAACGUCUUGAAUCUGGUGAAGAAGUGCUGCAAGACAGGCGGUCCAGGCGAGUAAAUGAUGUAAGAAGAUACCAUGAUGGAGAAGAACGCAAUUCCCAUAGGAAAGAUGAGUACAUUCGAGAUGCCAAACAGGAUGUGGAAAAAUCUCACUUGGCCUCCAGGAGUAGGGAAGAUACCCACCACCCUUAUGCAAACAGAGACCGGGACAUACGUGGCAGAAGUUAUGAUAGGGUAAGAGAGACAGAAGUUUGGCAGAGGAGAGAAGACAGUGUUCACAACAGAAGAGCUAAAGAGGAAGAUGUGAGGCUCGAACACAGUGCUGAAGUUGGCGCGAGGAAUAGAAACAAGAUGAGGCCCAUUGAUAGGAAUGAUAGGGAUGACGAUCUUCAUGCAAGGAAACGGUUGGAUGAUGGUGACUGGAGAGGCUCUAGACAAAGAGAGCGUGGUGAUGUUGUUCUCAAUCGUCGUGAACAUAUAGAUGAUUCUCAUAUGAAGAGAAAGAAGGAUGAAGAGAACAUGAGGAGAAUGAAACCUGAGAAUGAAGAUAUAGUGCAUGGCCAGCAUGGUUAUAGAGCAAGGGAUGACCCAAACAGAAGGAAGAGAGAACGGGAUGAUGGAAUUGAUCAGAAAAGAAGAGAUGACAAUGGUAGGAUGCGGGAGAAGGCUGAUGAUCGAUAUCAUACGAAGCAUAAAGAGGACAACUGGCGGCAGAGAGAAAGAGAGGACAGGCACAGGCCUAAGCAUGAAAACACUGUGACCCUUCAGAGAGAUGAAGGAAGGGGAUCUGGCCGGGGUGGGCGGAUUUUGGAUGAUAAGUUAGCCAGUGGCAGUAAGAAGCAGGAUGAAUCAAGAUCUUCAGGAUUAAGCAAAGAAACACAAGAUCGCAGCAGACAAAACGAGCCUUUGAGGAGAGAUCAGGGUGCAGAAGAAAAUAACAUUCAGAAUAGAGGCCGUGCUGAUGUACAUCCACGUGAUGACAAUCCAAAUAACAGUGAAAGGAACACCAGGCAAGAUAAACUAAAUAAUACACAUGACAAUAACCGUCUAUCCAGCAGUUCUGGUGCUCGCCAGGCGAGUAGAGAUAGGUACCGGGAAAGCACAAGAAAGGGCAGAAAUUCUGAUAUUAAUGAACAAGAUCUUCCCAAAUCUAGCAAGAGGAGACGCGAAGACCAUGAAAGUCAUCGCGGUGGGAAGGUCGAUGUGAAAGGAGUGAGCGAGCAAGACAAUAGUACGGAUCAUGCCGUAUCCUCCAAAAAGGGCCAGAAUCCACAACGAGAUGCCUUUGCGAAACAAGUGGAAGAUCUCAUGUCAGAUGAUGAAAACAACGAGGAUUCAAGAAGAGGUCGCUCAAAGUUGGAGCGAUGGACGAGCCACAAAGAGAUUGAUUAUAGUAGUAUCGAUAAUGAGAAUGCACCGGCAUUUUCUUCCAUCAAGUCCGAUGUUCAAGCUCCGACUGCUGAUGAGUUAGGUAAAUCUGAAAUGGCUGCUGUAGCUGUCAAUUCAGAGAACAAGAGCAGUGGUGAUACAGGCCAAACAUCAGACAAGACAACUGAAGAGCGUGAUCGGCAUCUAGACACUGUUGAGAGGCUCAAAAGGCGAAGUGAGCGUUUCAAACUUCCCAUGCCUGGCGAGAAGGAUGCACCACAUAGCAAAAAGGCGGAUACUGAAGCGCAACCUCCACAAAUCGAGUCUGUGGCUGCUGAUUUGGAAGUCAAGCCAGAGCGGCCAGCCCGCAAGAGGAGGUGGACUGGGAGCUAGUUUGGAGCACAUUGUCACUUGAAGGAAUUACCUGCUGAAUCUCAUCACAGACUGCAUAUUUGUUCGUUCUGUUACAUCUGGAAGUGGGAUUCAUGUAUGAUUUUGCUGUUUAAUUUAUACAUGUACGUGUAACUUACAAACAUGUUGAUUUUUGGCUGGGGAACUGGAUACUGUAUUUUUUUUUUUCGUUCAUUCCCCAUAAUGAUUCCGGUGGUCGAAAUGUGGCACCUUGUGCCACCAAAUUCAGGAUGUCUCCAAGCCUUUUAUGGAAAGCAGCUGAUUGGAGUUACCUGAAUUGGUCGACUGGUGCUUCGACAACAAUUUCCAGCGUUCCACUGGAGCUACAAUUUGAAGAAGCUGGGGGCGUCCAUGCAGCAAGCAUUUUUCCUAUGAACCGCCGUUGGUCUGGAGGCACUUGAUUGUUGUAUGAUUCUGCAUUGAUGUGGGUUCUUCAGAGCUAAUGCAAGUUUUAUGUGACAUCUGAUGUUGGAUGCAGAAGUUCCUGUACAUGGAACAGGACAACCGAGGGCUGCGGGGUAGAUCUUUUCGACCUAUAAUGACCGCUUACUGUAUGCAAUAGUAUCUUCUUGUACAUUUUGAUAAACCUACAUUGACAUGCAUAUAGUUAUAUACUAAUAUGCAGCAAGACUGCAAGAGAGCUAGUGUAGAGCUGCGUGGUAUACUGGACAUUUCGACGGAUCAAUAAUGUAAUGUACAUUUAGGUAGUGAACUGUAGGUUGCUUUUGUAGUGGCAUUUUGCUUAUUACGAUUACACAGAUUGAUUUGACUUAGACCAUCCAAAUUCGUGAAUAUAAAUUAGAUCCAUAUUCUAUA